GAUAUAAGGCCAGUCCGCCACUUGGCAUUAUUGUGGUAACAGUUACACGACUAAGAUACCAGGGUGAAGUCUCAAGUCAUGAACGAUUACGCGCGUGUUAACGUUAAGGAAUUUUAUAGUGGGAAGUCAGUGUUUGUGACAGGCGGCACUGGAUAUUUGGGAAAGGCUUUAAUUGAAAAGUUACUUUAUAGCUGUAGAAAUAUAGAUAAUAUCUAUGUGUUGCUUCGUGAUAAGAAAGGAGAGCGUGCCUGUGAUAGAGUUAAACAAAUUAUCAAUUCAACGGCUUUCGAACGAGUCAGAAUUCGCAACAUAAGAUAUAUAGAAAAAAUAAGACCUAUGUCAGGAAAUAUUGGCGAUGAAAACCUUGGAUUGUCAAAGGAAAAUUUAGAUAUAAUAAAACAAGAAGUCGCGGUGGUGUUCCAUUUGGCAGCUACGGUGAACUUUAACGAGCCCCUAAAAGACGCUCUAGCGAUUAAUUUAAACGGCACAGAAGAAAUAAUAAAACUAUGCAAGCAGAUGACGAAGUUGGAGGCAUUUAUAUACGUGUCCACUGCAUUCAGUAAUUCAGACCUCAGGAAAAUAGAAGAAAAAGUGUAUCCAAAUACACUAAAUAUAGAAUAUGUCCGAUCUAUCGCGGAAUGCUUCCCGAAUGAUGAAUACGUAAUCAGCAAACUAGUGGGAAAUAAGCCUAAUACAUACACAUUCACCAAAGCCCUUGCGGAAGAAGUGGUUUUGAGGGCACGUGAAGACCUACCGAUAGCUAUUGUUAGACCAUCCAUAGUUAUUUCGGCUCUCAAAGAGCCUAGCCCUGGAUGGAUAGACAACUGGAAUGGCGCCACUGGUCUCUUCGUUGGCAUGAGCACGGGUGUAAUGAAAGUGAUGAUCGGGAAGGGAGACAAUGUUACAGACCUGGUGCCUUUAGACAUUGUCAUCAACCUCAUCAUCGUGGCCGCUGCUAACUGCCGAAGAUCGUCACUUCAAGUGUUUAACUGCUGCACCGGGAAGUCGAAUCCAAUCACGUGUAAUCAAGCUGAAACUAUUGCGAGGAGAGCCACCUACAAACACAGUUUAAAUUAUCUUCCACUUCCGUUCAUGUGGUUUAUAAGCGAUACUAUUUUGUACAAUAUCCUAAGAUUUGCGUUACAACUUAUUCCAUCAUAUUUAAUGGAUUUUUGGUUACUCAUUAAUGGAAAACGAGCGACGCUGUUGAAAAUUCAGAGCAGAAUUCGCAGAACUGUAGAAUUGAUGCAGUUCUUUUUAUUGAAUGAGUGGGACAUCGAAGAUAGCAACGUCCGAAAUUUACUUAACACUCUCAGUGAGGAAGAUAUGGACACAUUUCAUUUCGAUGUGAAAAGCAUCAAUUGGGACGAAUGUUUGGAAAAUUAUGUGCUAGGCACAAGAAAACAUUUGGUUAAGAAUCCACGACGGCCUGAUAAGGGACAUUUACAUAUUAAUGAAACUAUGAAUUAAUCUUAUCACGUUAAUGCUUGGUGUAACUUGAAAGAGUGAUUGCAUACUGUACAUAUGCAGAGAAAUAUCAACAAGCCACUUCGUUGUUAUUCUUUCAAUUUGGGGCCAGCGCAAUAGAUUUGAAACAUGUUGCACAAAGAAUUUGCAGAAAGAAUUUUAUUUUACCGAAAUUACAAUACUACUCUCUUUUUUUUUAGGAUGAACAGAAAAAAAGCGAUUUUAGUAUUUUAUUUUUUCACCUUUAAACACAUUUCAUAAGUCACGUUUGGGAUUAAAAUAUUUAAGGAAAAAGUGUUUUAAUAAAAUAUCCUUCUUAGGAACUUUUGAUUGGAUAUUCUUUAUGUUGGCCUCAGCAGCCUCAGGGACAAACAAAACUGCAGAUUAACAGAGCACAAGGACGUGCAUUUAUUAAGAAAAACAAUUAGCUACUACUAAAUGGUCACGGGCACGAUCGAUGCGGGCGCGGCGCUAGCGCAUACUUACAUAGUUAUACUUAUGUGACACGAAACAUCGCACGGCGCGGUACGCUUAAUACAGCUAUAGCUAGGCACACUCUCGCAACUUCGUAUAUUAUGAACACUUUAUAACUAAUGGUUCUUUAAUUUGACGAUCAAGAUAUUCAACGUUUUGCACUAAACAUUUAUUCUUACUUGCCGUCAGGCGCCAUUUAAUCCCUUCCCCCUGCUGAUAAAAAAUAACUGGCACACUUCCACCUCAAAUUUCAAUACAUUAGGUUAGCAAACAAUUUAGUAAAUUAGAUAAGGAUCACGUUAUUAAAUAUUCAUCAUAAUUUCAUAUAUUUACAAAGUUUAGAACAUUAUAUUUACUAAUAUAUUUACUAACGGCAGAAGUUUUUUUUACAACAUUUAUGAUAAUGUAAUGUUAAGUUAAUGUAUUCUAUACGAUGUUUAUUGUCACAUAUUAUUAUAUAAAUCGAACCCAGGACCUUUCGUUUAUCUAAUGCUCGAGAUGACCACAAUAAUUCAAGAGUUAUUGUCCGAUUUCAUAGUUGCAACAAGACCUUGAAUAUUUUGCAGUGAAUACUAACUAGGUAUGUCAGUUGCUUCAUAAUUACUAAGCCUAGGUCAUACUACAAAGAAGUUUUAAUUUACGAGGCUAAACACCGGCCGAUGUGAGAUGGUAAUUUCUGUUUAUUUCGCUAUGUCGUAAGGCACAGAACGUGACAGCCAAGUGGUUCAAGGCGUAUAGUCACUGCGCUGCCUCGAUUAUAGAAGAGAUUUAAGGUUUCUGAAUCAACGUAAUCAGAUUGACGAUUAAGGUCUUUAGUACGUGGUCAUAAUAUGACAAAACUUUAGUUACCUACCUUUUUUGUAACAUUACGUAUCUUCGGUCAAGUGUGAACGUAAACAAUGCUUCGUAGAAGAACUUGACUAACGCCACACAUCGGAAAGUCAGCGCCGUGAAUUCUGCCGCAGUUCUUUGAUACCAGUGAUACAAAGGGAUUUUAUUAAGCAAAUCAUUUUGCUAUGAAUUAAUUGAGAAAUACAAAAUAGAUGACAUGUAUCACGCAAAUUAUAAGAUUAAUGUUUUUAGUAUAUAGGAGUUUAAAGUGUAUAUAACUUUGGCUUAUUAUGACUAGACUCUUGAAGAGUAAAUUCUUAAACAAUCAUGUAUUCUGUGAUGAUCUAAUAAAUGACAGUUAAACUUA